AACCUGAGAAAUUCAAGAUUCCUCUGCAGAGACUGAGUCUUAUAUAUCAAAGAGCAUUGAAAACAUUCAGACUCUUCACACUGUGUCCCUUAAAUAAUAGACACUCCACAUUGUGCUCAUUAAUUCUCAAAUCUCAUCUUCUUCUUCUUCCACAUUGUGCUCAUCAGUCUCAUUGUUCCAUUUUCAAAGCCACUAUAUUAAACAAGCCAUGAAAGCUUGCAUUUUCUGCAACUCCAAACCAAACCCAUGUCUAAAGUUCCAGUCUUUCCUCCUACUUCUCACUCUCACUCUCACUUCCACUCUCUGUUCCUCUCAGAGCCCCUCACUUAUUUUGCCCCUCAAAACCCAGGAAAUUCCCUCUGGGUCCUUCCCGAAGUCCCCAAACAAGCUCCCAUUUCACCACAAUGUGACCCUCACCGUCUCCGUCACCGUGGGCACGCCUCCCCAGAACGUCUCCAUGGUCAUCGACACCGGAAGCGAGCUCUCCUGGCUUAACUGCAACAGAACCCGAAACUUCACGUUCGACCCGACCCGGUCCAGUUCCUACAAGCCCAUCCCGUGCUCCUCGCCCACCUGCACGACCCGGACCCGGGACCUAUCCAUACCCGCCUCCUGCGACUCCAACAAGCUCUGCCACGCCACGCUUACCUACGCCGACUUCUCGUCGUCGGAGGGAUGCCUCGCCGCCGACGCGUUCUCCAUCGGUAGCUCCGGAACUUCGGGUCUGGUCUUCGGGUGCAUGGACUCGAUCUUCGACCCGAACUCCGACGAAGACUCCAAGAACACCGGGUUAAUGGGCAUGAACCGCGGCUCGCUCUCUUUCGUUUCCCAAAUGGCCUUUACCAAAUUCUCGUACUGCAUCUCGGGCUCCGAUUUCUCGGGAGUCUUGCUUCUCGGGGACGCCAAUUUCUCGUGGGUCGCGCCGUUGAACUACACCCCGUUGAUCCAAAUCUCGACGCCGUUGCCGUACUUCGACCGCGUAGCCUACACCGUCCAGCUCGAAGGCAUUAAGGUCGCGAACAAGCUCCUCCCGAUUCCGAAAUCCGACUUCGAACCGGACCAUACCGGGGCGGGUCAGACCAUGGUCGACUCGGGCACCCAGUUCACUUUCCUUCUCGGGCCGGUUUACACCGCACUCCGAACCGAGUUCUUGAACCAAACCGCCCACAUUCUUCGGGUUUAUGAGGAUCCGAACUUCGUUUUCCAAGGAGCUAUGGAUUUGUGUUACCGGGUCGGGUUGAACCAAUCCAAACUGCCACAGUUACCUUCCGUGACGCUAAUGUUUCGGGGCGCCGAGAUGAAAGUGUCGGGUAAUCAGUUACUGUAUCGGGUACGGGGCGAGGUCAGAGGGAGUGAUUCGCUGUGCUGCUUCACAUUUGGAAACUCCGACCUUUUGGGUGUUGAGGCGUUUGUGAUUGGUCACCAUCACCAGCAGAACGUGUGGAUGGAAUUUGACCUCCAUAACUCUCGGAUCGGAUUGGCUGAGGUGCAGUGUGAUUUGGCGGGUCAGAAAUUUGGGCUCAAUGUAUAGUUCCUCCCGGACCCGGUCCAGUGUGGUUAUUGUGAUUGUGUGUAGGUAAGGACCUUGGUAGUUACAGUGGUCCUCGACUGUAUCAUCGUCAUCAUUAUGUGGGCCUAUCAUCUAGGGUUGGUAUGAUGUGUGGACGGUUUUGAUUGCUGCAUGGUAGACUACUAAGAGUCGAUUAGAUUAGAUGAAGUAGAAGGAGAAUAAGAGUUGCAAAAAUUUAUUUUGCCAAUUUAUGUGUAGUGAGAGUUGAGUUUCGUGAAGUAUGUAUACUAAAGAAUUAUUUAAAUAAACAGUUAAGUGAAUUAACGGUUUAUUUACAUAAUUCUUCUGUAUACUUAGGUGUGUGAAUCUGUGAUUAUAGUUGCAAAGUAAUAAUUUGUAGAUGGAGAUUUUCUAUUUUUCUUUAUCAGAAUGGAGAUUUUCUAUCA